AUGCCGCUCCGCCCCGGCUCGCUGGUCCCAGAAGGCGCCGGGCUUCCCAAGAUGGCGGCCGACGUGUCCGUUACUCACCGGCCGCCGCUGAGCCCAGAGGCUGGGGCCGAGGCUGAGGCUGGUGAUGCCGCGGAGCGCCGGGCGCCUGAAGAAGAACUGCCGCCGCUAGAUCCAGAGGAGAUCCGGAAACGCCUGGAACAUACCGAGCGCCAGUUCCGUAACCGCCGCAAGAUACUGAUCCGGGGCCUCCCGGGGGACGUGACCAACCAGGAGGUACACGACCUGCUCAGCGACUAUGAGCUCAAGUACUGCUUUGUGGACAAGUACAAAGGGACAGCCUUUGUGACGCUGCUGAACGGGGAGCAGGCGGAGGCCGCCAUCAGCGCCUUCCACCAGAGCCGCCUGCGGGAGCGGGAGCUCUCGGUGCAGCUGCAGCCCACGGACGCCCUGCUCUGUGUGGCCAACCUGCCCCCCAGCCUCACGCAGCAGCAGUUCGAGGAGCUGGUGCGGCCCUUCGGCAGCCUGGAGCGCUGCUUCCUGGUCUACAGCGAGCGCACCGGUCACUCCAAGGGCUACGGUUUCGCCGAGUACAUGAAGAAGGACUCGGCCGCCCGCGCCAAGUCAGACCUGCUGGGCAAGCCCCUGGGCCCACGCACUCUCUACGUGCACUGGACAGAUGCCGGGCAGCUGACACCUGCCCUGCUCCACUCCCGCUGCCUCUGUGUUGACCGCCUGCCACCCGGCUUCAGUGAUGUGGAUGCCCUGCGCCAGGCGCUGUCAGCCGUCCACACCCCCACCUUCUGCCAGCUGGCAUAUGGCCAGGACGGGCAGCUGAAGGGCUUCGCCGUGCUGGAGUACGAGACAGCAGAGAUGGCGGAGGAGGCCCAGCAGCGGGCGGAUGGCCUGGCCCUGGGAGGCAGCCACCUGCGCGUCUCCUUCUGCGCCCCCGGGCCCCCUGGCCGCAGCAUGCUGGCCGCUCUCAUUGCUGCCCAGGCCACGGCCCUCAAUCGGGGCAAAGGGCUGCUUCCAGAGCCCAACAUCCUGCAGCUGCUCAACAACCUGGGGCCCUCCGCUUCCCUCCAGCUGCUGCUCAACCCCCUGCUCCACGGCGGCGCGGGUGGCAAGCAGGGCCUCCUGGGCGCCCCCCCAGCCAUGCCGCUGCUCAAUGGGCCCGCCUUGUCCACGGCACUGCUGCAGCUUGCCCUCCAGACCCAGAGUCAGAAGAAACCUGGGAUCUUGGGAGACUCUCCUCUGGGCACUCUCCAGCCUGGGGCCCAGCCGGCCAACCCCCUCCUCGGGGAGCUGUCUGCAGGAGGGGGCCUGCCCCCUGAGCUGCCACCCCGGCGAGGGAAGCCACCACCCCUGCUGCCACCACUGCUCGGCCCCUCUGGGGGUGACCGGGAACCCAUGGGCCUGGGUCCCCCAGCACCGCAGCUUACUCCACCCCCCGCCCCCGUGGGGCUCCGAGGCGCAGGCCUCAGAGGCCUCCAGAAAGACAGCGGGCCUCUGCCAACGCCCCCUGGGGUCUCUUUGCUGGGGGAGCCCCCCAAGGACUUCCGGAUCCCCCUGAAUCCCUACCUGAACCUACACAGCCUGCUCCCAGCCAGCAACCUGGCGGGUAAGGAGGCCCGGGGCUGGGGAGGCGCUGGGAGAAGCCGCCGCCCAGCUGAGGGCCCCCUGCCUCACCCCCCAGCCCCCGGAGGUGGUGGUGGAGGUGGCAGCAGCAGCAAAGCCUUCCAGCUCAAGUCCCGCCUGCUCAGCCCCCUCUCCAGCGCCCGCCUGCCCCCCGAACCAGGGCUGUCCGACAGCUAUGGCUUCGACUACCCCUCAGAUGUGGGACCUCGGCGGCUCUUCUCCCACCCACGGGAGCCAACCCUUGGGCCUCACGGACCCAGCCGACACAAAAUGUCCCCCCCACCCAGUGGCUUUGGCGAACGGGGUGGCGGAGGUGGCGGUGGGCCCCUCUCCCACUUCUAUUCGGGCUCACCCACUUCCUACUUCACCAGCGGCCUGCAGGCUGGCCUCAAGCAGAGCCACCUUAACAAGGUGGCUGGCUCCUCCCCGCUGGGUUCCGGAGAAGGGCUCCUGGGCCUUGGCCCUGGGCCCAAUGGCCACAGCCACUUGCUGAAGACCCCACUGGGUGGACAGAAACGCAGCUUCGCCCACCUGCUGCCCUCACCCGAGCCCAGCCCAGAAGGCAGCUAUGUGGGCCAGCACUCCCAGGGCCUUGGUGGCCACUACGCAGAUUCCUACCUGAAGCGCAAGAGGAUUUUCUAA